AUGUCCAACCGCUUCUUCCAGGCAGCAGCCGCAACCACAAGGGCGGUGUCCGCCCAUCGUACGUCGAACUACAUUAUCAGGAGCUCAAUAAACCGCGUUCAAUUCGGUGCCCUACAUCGAGCGACCUUCAUUACCACCCCGACGAAACGAAAUGACGCCCUCAAGGCCCAACCGGCGUCCGCAGAUAAGACGACAACGCAAACCCCGGCCGCUCCAGGGAUAGAAAAUCCACUACCCGACGCUGUGGGCAACGACGGGGCUACAGAUUGGUCGAGAAGUUACCAUGGACUAUCUGUCCAACCAUUCCCACCUGAGGUUGCCAAUGUUUUGAUGGCAGAACUGCACCCUGACGACAUCGAAAUAAAGCCAGAUGGUCUACUCUACCUUCCCGAGAUUAAGUAUCGAAGGAUUUUGAACAAGGCUUUCGGCCCUGGAGGGUGGGGUCUUGCUCCUCGGAGCGAGACUAGUGUCGGGCCCAAAAUUGUAAGCAGAGAGUAUGCUCUAGUGUGCUUAGGACGACUUGUCGCGGUUGCCCGAGGAGAACAAGAGUAUUUUGAUCCCUCUGGUAUUCCUACAGCCACGGAGGGAUGCAAAAGCAACGCUUUAAUGAGGUGCUGCAAGGACCUGGGAAUCGCCAGUGAGCUCUGGGACCCUCGGUUCAUUCGUGAAUUCAAAGCCAAACAUUGUAUUGAAGUCUUUGCCGAGCAUCUCCCUACCAAAAAGAAGAAGAAGCUAUGGAGAAGGAAAGAUCAGCCAAAAUUCGGUUACCCGUACCAGGAGUAG